ACCAUAAUGUACCUGCUAAUUACCGGCAGGCAGGCUGAGUCUCACGGCCCGUGUGACCAGUGUGGCGAGACCAGAAGGGUGCGUGGGGAAGAGAGGACUCAGCUAGCGGCUGUCUAAAGGGUCUCACUGCGUCUCCACAAGCCAUCAACCCCAGGGGCAUGGUGCUGAGGUGAGCUGGGCCAUGAAGACAUCACUGCUGGCCUUGGCUGUGUGGUUACUGCUCUUCCAGUCUGGGAGGACAUUCUGGACCUCUCAGUUGAGGAAGAACUGCUAUAAUGGCAACUACCAUAUCAGUGUCCUGAUGAUGAACAAUUCGGCCUACAAUGAGCCCUUGGAAAACUUGGAGAAGGCUGUGAAUGAUGGCCUGGUCAUAGUGCGUGAGCGCCUGAGUGAAGCCGGACUAAAUGUGACGGUGAACGCGACUUUCAUGUACUCGGACGGUUUAAUCCACAAGUCAGGGGACUGCCGGAGCAGCACCUGUGAAGGCCUUGACCUGCUCAGGGAAAUCACGAGAGAACAUAACAUGGGCUGUGUCCUCAUGGGACCCUCCUGCACAUAUUCCACCUUCCAGAUGUACCUUGACACACAACUGAGCUACCCCAUGAUUUCAGCCGGAAGUUUCGGACUGUCCUGUGACUAUAAGGAGACCCUGACCAGGGUGCUGCCUCCAGCCAGGAAGCUGAUGUACUUCUUAGUUGAUUUCUGGAAAGUCAACGAUGCUCCGUUCAAAACCUUCUCCUGGAACUCUUCGUACGUCUACAAGAAUGGUUCGGAGCCUGAAGACUGCUUCUGGUACCUCAAUGCUCUGGAGGCUAGCGUGUCCUAUUUUUCUGAGAUGCUCAGCUUCAAGGAUGUCUUGAGACGCAGAGAACAGUUCCAGGAAAUCUUAAUCGGCCGUAACAGGAAGAGCAAUGUGAUUGUUAUGUGUGGCACACCAGAAAGCUUCUAUAGCGUGAAGGCUGACAUCAAAGUGGCCGAAGACACUGUUGUUAUCCUGGUAGACCUGUUCAGUAACCAUUACUUUGAGAAUGACACCGUGGCUCCCGAGUAUAUGGACAAUGUCCUCGUGCUGACACUGCCUCCUCAGAACUCCCCCUCAAACACCUCUUUCUCCAGACAGUUCUCACAGGGAAGAAAUGACUUUUCUCUCGCUUAUUUGGAGGGAACCUUGCUGUUUGGGCACAUGCUGAAGAAAUUUCUUGAAAAUAAAGAAAAUAUCACCACAACCAAAUUUGCUCGUGCGUUUAGGAAUCUCACUUUUCAAGGUUUUUCGGGACCUGUGACUCUGGAUGACAGUGGAGACAUUGACAACAUUAUGUGUCUUCUGUAUGUGUCUUUGGAUACCAGGAAAUAUGAGAUUCUUAUGAAGUAUGACACCCACGAAAACAAAACUAUCCCAGUGGUUACGAACCCCAACUUCAUCUGGAAGGACCACAGGCUCCCUAAUGAUGUUCCCGGGCUGGGCCCUCAAAUCCUGAUGAUCGCUGUCUUCACGCUCGCGGGGAUUGUGGUUCUGCUGCUGCUGAUUGCUCUCCUGGUGCUGAGAAAAUACAGAAGAGAUAAUGAACUUCGACAGAAAAAAUGGUCCCACAUUCCUUCUGAAAAUAUCUUUCCUUUGGAGACCAACGAGACCAGCCAGAUUAGCCUGAAGAUUGAUGACGACAAAAGACGGGAUACCAUCCAGAGACUACGGCAGUGCAAAUACGACAAAAAGAAAGUGAUUCUGAAAGACUUCAAACACAGCGACGGCAACUUCACCGAGAAGCAGAAGAUUGAACUGAACAAGCUGCUGCAGUCGGACUACUACAACCUGACCAAGUUCUACGGCACUGUGAAGCUGGACACCAGGAUCUUUGGGGUGAUCGAAUACUGCGAGAGGGGGUCCCUCCGGGAAGUUCUAAAUGACACGAUUUCUUACCCCGAUGGCACAUUCAUGGACUGGGAGUUUAAGAUCUCUGUCUUAUAUGACAUUGCUAAGGGAAUGUCAUAUCUGCACUCCAGUAAGAUUGAGGUCCAUGGGCGUCUGAAGUCCACCAACUGCGUGGUGGAUAGUCGGAUGGUGGUGAAGAUCACAGAUUUUGGGUGCAAUUCCAUCCUACCUCCAAAAAAAGACCUGUGGACUGCCCCGGAGCACCUGCGCCAAGCCAACAUCUCUCAGAAAGGAGAUGUCUAUAGCUUCGGGAUCAUUGCCCAGGAGAUCAUCCUUCGCAAGGAAACCUUCUACACGCUGAGCUGCCGGGACCAGAAUGAGAAGAUUUUCAGGGUGGAAAACUCAGAUGGGAUAAAACCGUUCCGUCCGGAUCUGUUCCUGGAAACUGUCGAUGAGAAGGAGCUGGAGGUCUAUCUACUCGUCAAAAACUGCUGGGAGGAGGAUCCCGAAAAGAGGCCAGAUUUCAAGAAAAUCGAAAGCACACUAGCCAAGAUAUUUGGCCUUUUUCAUGACCAAAAAAAUGAAUCUUACAUGGACACCUUGAUCCGACGUCUCCAGCUGUAUUCUCGAAACCUGGAACACUUGGUGGAGGAGAGGACGCAGCUGUACAAGGCAGAGCGGGACAGGGCUGACCGCCUUAACUUUAUGCUGCUCCCACGGCCGGUGGUAAAAUCCCUGAAGGAGAAAGGCAUCGUGGAACCAGAGCUGUAUGAAGAAGUCACGAUCUAUUUCAGUGACAUUGUCGGUUUCACAACUAUCUGCAAGUACAGCACCCCCAUGGAGGUGGUGGACAUGCUCAAUGACAUCUACAAGAGUUUCGACCAGAUUGUGGAUCACCAUGACGUCUAUAAGGUAGAAACCAUCGGCGAUGCCUAUGUGGUGGCCAGCGGUUUGCCUAUGAGAAAUGGCAACCGACAUGCGGUAGACAUUUCCAAGAUGGCCCUGGACAUCCUCAGCUUCAUAGGGACCUUUGAGUUGGAGCACCUCCCUGGCCUCCCAGUAUGGAUUCGCAUUGGAGUUCAUUCUGGCCCCUGUGCUGCUGGUGUUGUGGGGAUCAAGAUGCCUCGUUAUUGCCUAUUUGGAGAUACAGUCAACACCGCCUCUAGGAUGGAAUCCACUGGCCUCCCCUUGCGGAUCCACAUGAGCAGCUCCACGAUAGCCAUCCUGAAGAGAACAGACUGCCAGUUUCUGUACGAAGUGAGGGGAGAAACGUACUUAAAGGGAAGAGGGACAGAGACCACGUACUGGCUGACUGGGAUGAAGGACCAAGAGUACAACCUGCCAACCCCACCCACUGUGGAGAACCAACAGCGCCUGCAGGCAGAGUUUUCAGACAUGAUUGUCAGCUCCUUACAGAAGAGAGAGGCCUCGGGCGUGAAGAGCCGGAGGCCCACACGGGUGGCCAGCUACAAAAAAGGCUCCUUGGAAUACCUGCAGCUGAACAACUCAGACCACGAGAACACCUAUUUCUAGACCUAGGUGAGGUCUAAAACUGACAGUAGCGACCUCCAGUGUCCCGGAUCUGCAAUUUCCAGAGACCUCUAUGACACAGACAAGCGCUUAUGCUCGCUGCCCUGCCUGGAACAUAGAAUUCCUCUGCAAGUCACAUGGGUGUUCUGGUUUUGUUUUGGUUUUUUUGUUUGUUUGUUUGUUUGUUUUUUUGGCUUUUGGUUUUUUGGUUGUAUUAGACAGAGUCUCAUGGAUGUCAAAUGUCCUCAAUCUCACUGUGGAGCAGAGGAUGACUUUGAACUUCUAGGAUCCUCCCACGCUACCUCCCCACAGAGAUGUGUGUCCUUGGCAGUGGGAUGGCCCUGUACUCCAGAGAUCCCAGUCCCACGGUUGUCCCAGAACAUCAGCCUGGAGAAGAGCAGGAAGGAAUAUGCUAUCUAGAAUUUGGGUUUUUGUUCUUAUUUCUUUUUGUUUUGUUUACUGGCUCUUUCUUCUGCACACAUGAGAGAAUUUUUUUUUAAAUUGUCUCAACUCUAUUUUAAGUAGCCUAUCUUUGUGAAAGUGUGCUUAACUCAUGAUUUUUUUUCAGAACUCCUGCUAGAUAUUUGGUACAGAUAAACAUUUUGAGAGUCUGGUAUGUGUUUCUACUGUCUGCUCCUCUGCCUGGGACUACCAGCCAUCAACUCCUGCAUGCUGAAAGAAUCAGACAAGGCUCAGGGACAAGAUCCUUGAAAGUCACCCUCUAUGCAUGGGGACAUUAUUGAUUUAAAACAGCGUUUUUGCCUCACCCUGUCUACUUAGCAACAUGAAUGUGCUACAGGUGUCAUGACAGGGACCUGAGAAGGGGCCAGGCAGAGGUUCAAUUCCUACGCUGCUCUGUUCUGCCUAGGAGGUCACCAGUAUCCCUAAGCAUCUGCUCUCUCUGACAGGGUAGCCUCUUCCUUAAGUGACACAUGGCUCUCCUUGUAUGUGACAGCUCAUACAUAUCUCAUGUGAUGUCUAUGUAUAUCUCCUAUCGUUUUGAUCUGUGUACACACGCCCUCUGCAUUAGAUGCUUUAGUUGCUGUGAUAAAAUAGCACAGCAAAAGCAGCUUAUAAAGAAAGAGUUUAUUUUAGUCUAUGGUUCCGGAGGCAGAGAGCCCACAACAGCAGGAUGUCAUGACAGCAAGAGCAGGGGCUGAGAGAUCGUAUCUUUAGCAGUAGUGUUCAGGAAGUAUGGAAGGCUAUAGAAAGCCCACCCCCGGGGGCAUCCAUCCUCCAGCAAGGCUCCACCCACAACCUCCCCAAACAGUGCCACCGAGUGGGGACCAAGUGUCCAAAUACAUGUUGGGCCCCACCACACUCACCAGAUAAACUUUUAGAUUCAGCUCGUAUGAAAUCAAUAUGGAAUCAUUAAUUGGGCAUUGUCAUGGUAAUUCUAAAAGGAGUGGUUUUUACAGCACAUUAAAAGCCCUCAGUGGUCACGCACUGCUCAGCACAACUGCACAUGCGUGAUCAACGUGAGAAGAAUCCAUGCAUGGUAGGGUCAUGUGCAGUAAGAAAAUCGAUCAUGUGUGACCUAACCUGGUACCCAAACUUUGCCUUUUAGGAAUCAGCUCCUUCUCUUCGCAUAAAAAUGAAUCCCAGGCCGGGCAGUGGUGGCGCAUGCCUUUAAUCCCAGCACUUGGGAGGCAGAGCCAGGCGGAUCUCUGUGAGUUCGAGACCAGCCUGGUCUACAAGAGCUAGUUCCAGGAUAGGCUCCAAAACCACAGAGAAACCCUGUCUCGAAAAAAAAAAAUGAAUCCCAAAUAGUAACUGGGAUCCUUGAGGACAAUCACUCAAGCGGCCUACUGUCAGCCUGGACAGGGUCUCCUCCUACAGCCUACACUGUCACUUCGCUCCAAAUAAGCUGUCCCACAUCUUCUGCAAAUCUGUGUGAGCCUCUCCUUUGUAUUUUUUUUUCCUAGCAGAGACCACCACCAUUGACAGUAGAGUAGCUUGUAAAAUACAUUGCAGAUCUUUAGUCUGUUUCCUGGCUCCCUCUUCUGGCCUUCUCGGGUAACUGCACACAGGUGAAACACAAAAAUAAAAACAAAUUUUAGAGAAGGAAGCCUGAUAUCAAGUUGUAGAAGGCCUUGAAUCCAGAUUCAAGGAUUUGGUUUGCUCUUUGACUGGCCAUGAAAUAGUGUAGGGAAAGAGCAUGACACACAGAAACCCGGGAUUUAGGACAGGCAAGCUGGCAGAGGCAUGCAGGAACAAACAUGAUGGACGGAGAAAAAAAGCCUCCCACACUCGCCUUCGAUUGGGAAACUCCAGGAGUCUAGGCAUGAGAAGACACGUGACUGCUGUGGUAGCAAUGAGUAUUUGAAAGUUCAAAUAGACAGAAUUCGGGGACCAAUUAGAGCCAGAACGUAAGGAAACAGGAACGCAAAGAAAACACCAGCACGAGCAUUUCUGUAAGAAGGGAGAUGCAAUAGUCUUGGUGAGACAGAGAAGCCGUGUAGCAAACCUGCCUCGAGGAAGGUGUUGACUAUGACCGUGACCUUGCGGACCUUUUGCACGGUGGGCAUCCUGUGGUAUUUUGAUCUCGGGCUAGGAAAGCAGUGAUAAGUGGUUUGGGAAUGACGUGUGGACUAACGACAGGAAACAUACAGAUGGGUAUGGUUGCCAGGUAGGAACUUAAAGACAGAACAAGGAGGAUACAAAAACUCUUCACAUGAAUUUAGAAAUGGGGCAUUGACCUUUUACAUCACUGAGGCAAACUCCUGCUGGGGGUAACUGAAGGGAGGAAGGGUUAAUCGGCUCAUGGUUCCAGGGCUGUAAUCCACAAUGGUAGAAAAGGCAUGGCACAAGGCUCUACCCACGGCAGCAUGAAGGCAUGAUAGCUUUAUGUUCCAUGGGGCCAAUAAGGCAACAGAACUCGGGGCAGAGCCAGAAGCAGAGAGUCCUGACUGAUAAACUGUUCUCCGUGUUUCAUACAAGCUCGCAUACGUGGUCCUGUGCUCGUGCACGUGGUGAUUCUAUCUGAUAAGAGUCACGUGCAUAAGCAAUGAAUUCAUGUAAUGGAACCCCUAACUCUCAGAGGCACAGAGGGACCCCAUCUUGGCAUCUCCUGCUCUCUCUUUGUCAGCUCUACAGGCUCACGCUUCUUUCCUCAGCGGACUUGACGUGGCCUUGGCUGCCUCCUAAGUCUCUUCCAAAACACAUUCGAGUUCUGCGCCUCUCAGCACAAGCCUGCUGCUGAUUUCAGACAUCAUCGUUCAGUGAACCACAACAAUGGGAACUUUGGAACCUCGGGGAUUGCACCGAUCAUAACUUCGGGGAGUCGGGAGAGGGAUAUGAGCGUGUGCUGCUCGGUUAGGAAAAUGCUUGAAGUUGUAAUUACUGUGCCUAAGAAAUCCUCGUAACAAAAAUGCCUCUGGUCUGCAAGCCCCUUGCCCAAGGACAGACAGUUCCUGAAAUUCUGAAAGCUGUUGUUUAUGGGAGAUAACAAGCCACAUUUUCACUCCGCUAAACAAGUUUGUUUGGUCCAUCUGCAAACAGAUGCGCUUGAUCACACGUGGGCAGAGGGUCACAGGCAGGAAAUACGUCAGGGUGUACACUUGGGAUUGGACCUGAUGGGAAGUAAUUAAGCCACUGCAAAACUUGAUUCAGGAUCCUUUUUCUGGGGAAGCAGAGGUGAAAUUGGCCAGAGUCCAUUCACUGGACUGGUAUUUAGUUAAAGCUUGUUUCAAACUUGGCUUUAAAUUGUGAUAGUGAUCUAAUUCUCAACGAGUUCCCAUCCAAACCAGCAGUUUCUUGCUCUUUUUUUCCUCUGAUGUCUGAAUCUCAUGGCACUACCAGGCAUGCCAGUCUGCAGCAUGCUAUGUUUUCAUCUACACGAAUAUUGUACUUAUUGUGAGUGAAAUCAUUGACCUUUAUGCAGUUCACUCCUGUUUCUGAGUAAAGCAGUUCCCAGGAGAUUAGCACCUGCCAAUCAACUUUCUGCACAUGCAAAGUUGAAUUAAAAUCCCGGACUAUGGGGACACCGCCUGGGUGAUUUUCUUACUGGCAGUGCCCCAUCUGGGCUCGCAGCUACCAGCUUCCUAGAAUGUAUUGUGUCAUUCAGCCUACAGCACUUCCUGCUCGACUCCACUCCUGGCAAUGAAAGCUGUGUCUCACUGUUGUAUCAUCUUCUAACACCUUUUUCCUCACAAAUCGUUCUCAUGGACCAGUAAGUGUCAAAUAACUUUGCAGGGCCGCCACUUUGCUUUACUAAAUAAAGCAGAAAUGUCUCUGAAUUGAACUGUGUGGACAGAGAAAUGCUAAGCUGGCCCCCUGCAUGCUUCUCCCGACUGCUAAGGUCUACACUGAGAGCCUUCUCCUUUGGCCUCACUCCGGAUGACCUCUUGCAAGCCCCACCUUAUUCUAAGCUGUGUGAUUCCUCCCUUGAACUUCCAGAACACCCUCUGCUGUCAAUUACCAAAAUGACUAAACUGCUUUUGAGUGGCGUGCGCUUGCCCUGCCCGUCCUAAGGCUGUGAGAUCACUAAGAGGACAACUUCUAGUUCAUUCUUCUCUGUGUCCCCAAUGACAGGUCUAAAGUGCUCACCCAACCUGUAGGCCAAGGAUGGUUGAAUUACU